GUACACUUCAAGAUGGCGGCUAUUUUACGUUUCGGCACACUUCGUGCUUGUAGAAAUAUCGCCUUGAUAACAGCCAGGAAUCAACUUCAUUACAUCAGAAACACACCAAGACCAACACUCCUUAGCUCUAUUAACCCUAUUUUACCUCGAGUAAGCUCUGCAAGGUUUUUAUCUGACGAUGUUCGACCGGAAAAUGAAGAAGCCGGCUUUGGAAUGGGACAAAAUAUACAAAAUGAACUGGAAGACGACAUUAGACUUCCUGUAGAUAAAAGACCACCCAAGGCUAGAAUAAUGAGCAACAAUCAGUACGAAAGAAUGGUUCAAAAACUUGGUACGAUUUCUUCCAAAGGGUCUCUUUUGCAAACGUUUGACACCAUUUUGGAAAAAGAAGGCCUGAUAACACCACUUCAGGCAUACCAGUUGCUAAGGAACUGUGGCAAAGAACUUAUGUAUGAAAGUCCAGAGGGACGCACAAACUUGGCACAUGUGAUAUGGGACAAGAUUCUGGCCUCAGGAAUCCAUGCAGACAUUAUGAUGUACAAUGCACUUCUCUCUGUCUACAUUCAAAAUAAUUAUGAUUUUAACCCACUUGAAGUUCUGGAGCAGAUACAGGAUGCUGGACUUGAGCCUAACCAGAUUACAAUGACACUAGUCAUCAAGGGUUUUGGACAGAAGGGAGACAUUGCUGGAGUCUUUAAAGUCCUUGAGUUCAUGAAGGCUGCAGAGAUGCCUGUAAAUGAGCCUGUGUAUUCAGCACUUAUAACUGCUUACUGGAAAUCAGGAGAUAUAGAAGGUGCUAAAGGAGUAUUUGAUAUCAUGAGAGAGAAUGGUUUGGAUCCUGGCCUGGAGAGCUACACCUCGUUACUAACAGCGUAUGCAGAAAAUGGUGACCUAGUGAAAAUUGAUGAGACUAUAUCUGAGAUGCAGGAGAAAAAAGUAUAUCCCAACCACACAGUAUAUUUAUCGUUGAUUGACAUUUUUGCUAAAUGUGGUCGCCUUGAAAUCAUCCCAAAGGUGUUGGAAAAACCAGCAGUAAGAAGACUGGUUGAACUUGAUAUCCUACCAUUGAUGAUGUCAUUAGCUAGUCGUGGAGACAUAGAUGCUGCCUUGAUCUUAAAGGAUUUCAUCCCAACUGAAGGUUUUUCCUCUCCUUCUUCUACACCACAGUUUCUCCUCCUUAAACAAGUUGUCACUUCCAAGCAGCCAACAGAUAAGAUCUUGAAGGUAGUGGAAACACUGAACAAAGAAGGUAUCAUGAAAAAAGUGUAUGAGACUGCUCUUGACUUGUCCUAUGGCAUCAGAGAACCAGAAAAGACCAUUGCCAUCAUCAAAGAGAUGUUUGAUAAGAAUAUCCUGGUCAAACAGCAUUACUUCUACCCUGUGUUUGCCUCCUUAGCUGACAGAAGGGAUGUGAAAGGAACUCAAGAAGCAUUUACAUUGAUGGCUGAACAUGGUUUAGAUAUUGAUCCAAUCAGCUUGAGUUACAUCAUAAGGUCAUUUGGUCAGCCCAAAGAAGCUGAUGUGAACUCAUUCAUGGCUCUAUCAAAGGAUGUGCCGUUAUCACCCUAUCUGGUGAGAACCAUGGCACAGCUUGUGAUGGAGGCUGGACAUCUGGAAAAACUGGACAGCAUUUUUGAAUACGCUGAUAGCAAGAUUGAAGAUAAAAGGUUUUUUGGACAGACUUAUGCAAGGGCAAUGAAAAGAUCAUUUGAACCUCACAAUGCAGUCAAUAUCCUCAAGAAGCUAAAGGAUCAUGGAUAUACUACAUUAAUGCCAUUGUUUGUUUAUGAUGUCUUGGAGGCCUGCUGUAAGCAAGAAAAAGGAGCUAAAAUGGGGGCAGAGUUUAUACAUCUGAUGCUCAAGGAGGGACUUGAAGACUUGAUGGACUCCAGAUCCUACACAGUGGUCAUGAAAUGCUUAAACUUAAAUCUACUGCAUGAUGAUUUUUAUACGCUGAUUAAAAUCAUGAAGGAACACAAUAUCCCACUGAAUGAGCAUCAUUAUCGACAGAUGAUUAGGAUGUUUGCAUAUCUUGGCGACAGCAGAGCGGCACAGUUUUGCUUCAAUAAUUACAAGAAACUGAAGGAACCAGACCACAACCKUUACUCUUUCCUUAUAUCAGCUUAUGGUCACAGUAAAGAUGGAGGAUUUCUAUCCGAACGCUUGAAGGAAAAUAAUCCCAAAAAGAUCAUUAAAAUAUACAAAGAGAUGAAAGAACUUGGUUUAGAGCCCAAGGACAGAGCUAUACCGUACGUCAUGAUGUCAUUCCUUGCGUUAGGACAGUUAGAUGAAGCUAUCAAGCUCAAAGAGGAGUUUGGUCCCACUGGUAUCCUAUCGUACCGUUUGGAAACUUCUUUUUUGAAGGCCUUCGCUGAUAAGGGUGAUGUAGAAAAUGCCAUGAAGAUUUUGGAAAAAAUCAAGAACAGUGACAAAAUGCAUUUGUCGACUUAUUGUUACACACUUGCAUUAAGUGCCUUCACUCAUAAUGGGGACAUUGAAUCACAGCGAAGAUUACUUGAGGAAAUGAAAGAAAGAAACAUAAGACCGAACAGUUUUACCUACGAUGAGAUGAUGAAUACAUAUUUAUUAAAGGGUGACGUCGAAGGAGCUCUUGGUAUCUUAGAAGAAUCAAAAAGUGUCAAUGCUUAUCCGACAACAAACGCGUCCCUGGGGCUGGCUGACGUCUGCGGAGAGAAAGCACCAGAAAGAUUCGAUUCAGUUAUCGCAGAACUCCUCGACAACAUCCCCAGAGGACGUACCGAGGGCUCACAGACCUUCUUUAUGCAUGGAUUGAUAUUUGUAUGUCUGAAAUAUGAUCGAGUAGAUUUGACCGAACGGAUCUUAGAGAAACUACCUUAUCACAGUCAUUUGGAGUAUGGAAAAGUAUCCGCACCAUUUGCUCGCAGAGGAGAAUUCGAAGCAGUUCUUAAAUGCAAGCGAUUCUUGGAAGGAAGAAAUAUGGAUACAUCUUCACUCUUGAUCCACCUUAUCCGGGCAUACGAUAUUGCUGGUAAUCCCGAGGGAUCGAGACAAGCUUAUGAUGAUUUCAUUGCUAACGGUGGAACACCCUGGAAUGGUCUUCAGAUUGUUUUGGGUAACAUUCUACGGAAACACGGCAUGGAGGUCCCAUUCACUAUACCACAAAGAGGACAGAGACAGCAGCGAGAAUACGCAGACCUGAAUGAAAAGGCAGAUGAUGAAUACGUUGUUGAGGAUUUUGAUUCAGAAGACGUGGAAACAAGUGAAGCUGAAGUACAAGAGGAGUACAGCGCAUCUCAUAACACUUCUCCUACCACAUAAACAAGCUGAUUAGACCAUUUAGAGCUGCUAUCGUGUUGUUGGCACCUUCACAGAAAAAAAAUAUGAAAAUAAAUAAGCAAAGCUCUUUGGCUUUCGUAGCAGACCUCUUUGAUAAGUUGGGCGCAAUGUUUUCCAAUUUCAGACCACGUGUCAUUCAUUUCCUUAAAUAUUAUUUCUUUGUUUAACGACUGCGCAUGAGAAGACACAUGAAUUUGGAUACAUCUCAAAAAAAAUUCUUAACCUCAAGAGAAUGACAGGUUGUCUGCAAUAGGAAAAGACUACGCCCAACGUAGGUGUUUGUUCUAAAAAGUACUCUUACAGCCCGUUGCAAAUUUUAUGAAUGGGCCCAAGAGUAAGUUAUAAGGGUUGGUCUCGACACUAAUAAACAUUAUGGGAGGGAAGGGUGGGGCUUGAUUUACCCCAUUUGAACAAAGAAAAACAAGUUUAGAGGUUAUGUGAAGAUAAAUUAUUGCUUUUAUAAUUUACUGUAAUAUCAAAGCUAUUUAGCUCUUUGGGUGCUGCAUUGUCUGCUGUUCAAUAAAAUCAUUAAGUUUUGGCA